AUGUCUGCCGGUCUGUACACACUUCCGUACAAUGGUACGGAGGGAGAGGCCGACGCUGGAUACUCUGCUGGGGUGCAGGACCUCAACGUCUUCUACGAGUCGGGUGACCUGGCAUGGAUUAUGGUCUGCGCAGCCCUCGUGCUGCUCAUGAUCCCCGGUGUCGGCUUCUUCUACUCGGGUCUCGCCCGUCGCAAGUCGGCGCUGUCCCUGAUAUUGAUCACAAUGAUCUGCGUGGGAGUAGUUGGCUUCCAAUGGUUCUUCUGGGGUUACACCCUGACCUUCUCACACACCGGCUCCGCCUUCCUCGGUGACAUGUCCAACUUUGGUCUCAAGGACGUCGUCGCCCAGCCCUCCGUCGGCUCUACCAAGCUCCCCGACAUUCUCUUUUGUUUGUACCAGGGCAUGUUCGCCGCCAUUACUCCCGCGCUGGCCCUUGGCGCCAUUGCUGACCGUGGCCGUAUCCUCCCUGCCAUGGUCUUCGCCUUCGUCUGGGCCACCAUCGUCUACGAUCCCAUUGCUUACUGGACCUGGAAUGGUAACGGCUGGCUUUUCACCCUCGGCUCUCUCGACUUCGCCGGAGGCACCCCGGUUCACAUCUCCUCCGGCGCUGCCGCCCUUGCCUAUUCCCUGAUGCUCGGCAAGCGCACCGGCUACAACAGCGUUCACGGUCUCCCCUACCGACCCCACAACGUCACCCACGUCGUCCUCGGAACCGUCUUCCUCUGGGUCGGCUGGUUCGGCUUCAACGGUGGCUCUGCCCUCGCCGCCAACAUUCGCGCCGUCAUGGCCUGCUUCAACACCAACCUUGCCGCGGGAGUCGGUGGUGUCACCUGGAUGUUGCUCGACUACCGCCUCGAGAAGAAGUGGUCCACCAUCGGCUUCUGCUCCGGUGCCAUCUCCGGUUUGGUUGCCAUCACACCGGGUGCCGGUUUCGUGACCCCCUGGGCUUCCGUCAUCUUCGGCAUCGUUGGUGGUGUCUGCUGCAACUUUGGCACCAAGCUCAAGUUCGUUCUCGGCAUCGACGACGGUCUCGAUGUUUUCGCCGUCCACGGCAUCGGUGGUAUUGUCGGCAACACCCUGACUGGUAUCUUUGCUGCCUCCUACAUCGCUGCUCUCGACGGUGCCCUCACCGGUGAAGAUGCGAUUGCUGGCGGCUGGAUCGAGCAGAACUACGUCCAGCUCGGCUACCAGCUCGCUGGAUCCGUCGCCGGCUUCGCCUGGUCUUUCGGCCUGACCUGCAUCAUUCUCUUCUUGAUGAACCUGAUUCCCGGCCUCAGCCUCCGCGUCAACAUCGACGACGAGGACCUCGGCCUCGAUGACUGCCAGCUCGGGGAGUUCGCCUACGACUACGUCGAGGUCACCCGCCACGUCUCCGACAUUGUGCCCGGCAGCCACGAGGGCGCCCCCGGCAGCUCCGCCCACAGCUCCCUCCCCGAGAAGACCGUCUAA